AUGGAUGAUAAUAGCAAAACUUUGAGGGAGUUUGUAGCCCCAAGUGCCAAACAAAACAGCUCAGUUGCGGAACCAAAUCACUGUGGAUUAAACUACAACUCUCGCAUUUCAGUUGAUGCUGCAUCAGGAGGAGCUUUGAUGAACAAAAAGGUAGAUGACGCUUAUAAUUUAAUUGAAGACAUGGCUCUCAACCACUGCCAAUGGACAAGUGAAAGAAACACCACUCCAAAACCUCCAGGAAGACAUGAAGUAGAGACCUUAAACCUAAUUGCAGCCAAGAUGGAUGCUCUAAGUCAAAAAUUUGACAAACUGAAUGCGAAUGCUCCAAGUGCCGCCAAUAUCACAUGUGAAAUCUGUGGGUCCACAGAACACCUAGCUACAAACUGUCAGUUGAUCGCACCCCCCUCUUCAGAAUCAUCAAUGGAGCAAAUGAACUAUCUUCACAACUUCAGUCAGAGACCUGUCAACAAUCCAUUCUCCAACACCUACAACCCUGGUUGCUCUAAUGUUCCUAGACAGCCACCAGGAUUUCAGCAGAGAAUUUCUAAUCCACAACCAGUACGGAAAUCAAAUUUAGAGGCCCUGCUAGAGAGUUUUGUUGCAACACAGGCCAAGCAGAAUGAAGAGUUCAAGCAACAAGGUCAAGUUAUGAAUGAAGCAAUUCGGCAGCUUACUUCCAAAGUUGAUUCUUUGGAAACUCACAACAAAAUGCUGGAAAAUCAAAUUGCUCAACAAGCAAGUUCUUCAUCCAGACCCCCAGGAAUGUUUCCAAGAAAACCAGAAAUUAAUCCAAGUGAACAUUGUAAAGCCAUAACUCUAAGGAGUGGCAAGCAAUUGGAAGAUCCAAAGUCAAAACAAGCAGAAAAUGAAAACAUUGGGGUGAAUCCAAGUGAGAAAAAUGAUAUACAACAGCAAACGACUGAAUACAAUUGUAGAGAUGCAGAAAAAGUUGAUGACGCACCGAGAUACACACCUCCAAAACCUUACAUACCACCUGUACCAUUUCCACAAAGGUUAGCCAAGGCCAAGCUGGACAAACAAUUUGGAAAGUUUCUAGAAGUUCUCAAGAAGCUAUACAUCAAUGUCCCUUUCACAGAAGCUUUGCAACAAAUGCCAUCAUAUGAGUAUAAAACAGCGGAAUUAACAGAGGAGUGCAGUGCCUUAAUCCAAAACAAAUUGCCUCCAAAACUGAAGGAUCCGGGCAGCUUCUCGAUUCCAUGCGAAAUUGGGGCAGCAAGCUUUGAGAAGGCUCUAUGUGAUCUAGGUGCAAGUGUAAGCUUGAUGCCUUUGUCUGUGUGCAAGAAACUAGACAUGGGAGAGUUGAAGCCUACAAUAAUUUCCUUGCAACUUGCGGAUCGAUCUGUCAAGCAUCCAAUAGGUAUUCUUGAAGACAUCCCAAUCAAGGUCGGUAAGUUCUUUGUACCUGCUGAUUUUGUGGUAUUAGAAAUGGAAGAAGACACUCAACUUCCAAUCAUUCUUGGAAGGCCUUUCUUGGCAACUGCAGGGGCACUUAUUGAUGUCAAAAAUGGCAAGCUUUCUUUAACUGUUGGUGAAGAAAAAGUGGAAUUUGAUUUGGCUAACUCUGUUAAACACUCUUUUGUUGAAAGCUCUUGUUGUAGGGUUGAUCUACUUGAACAAGCUAUCAAAGAGGAGUUGCCAAAGCACAUUUCCAAAGGUUCCCUCCAGCUGUGUUUGGUGCAUGAUGAGCUGGAAGAUGAUUAA